AAAAAGGUACCCUAAGCAUGAACUGUAUCAGUGUUUUUUUUUAAUUUCUAUUCAUUUAGUAUAACGAACGUCAAAAAAGAAUUUACGAUGAAAUCAAACACAAAUAUUUUGUUAUUUGCAGUGUGUUUCUUCGGCCUCACAAUUUUAUUGAAUGCUUCGUCCGUGCCACAAGGUGAUAGACAAGGCAAUAGCAAUUCAUCAGAUGAAAAAACACCAGAUACCAAGCGAAAAUCCUUUACCAGAUCUCUAUCAGACUCUUUAAAAAAAACCUUUUCUUUGAGUGGUUCAACAUCUGAGUUGGGCUCUUCGAGCAAAGUCAAAAAACAAGAUCUGCUUUCAAUAAUUAAUCUACCAAAUAACCUUUAUCGAGAAGAUUUAAUAAAGCCUUUAUUGUUAGAUACUUAUAUGAACAGUUUGACCAGAGAACACUUAGAACCGAAAUAUAAAGAAGAAGUCCUUGAAGCAAGAAGACUUAUGAAAAAUGGUGACCUCAAAGUUGGACGUGAAGCUUUCAUUCAGGCAACAAAAAUUAGAACUUACGACAAUACGACUGAUUACCCUGAUACGUUAGUAGAAAGCCAUUUUGAUAAUGAUCGAAACUGUAUUUUGAAUGCUAUAGAAAGAGUCGCUGUGAAAUUCGAAGAAGACGUGACAAAAAACGAAUCUUAAAUUCAAAAUUUAUUUUUAAAUAAAAUAAAUUAUGGUUUAUUUAUAAGUUAUAAUAUACGAUUCAUUUGUUUGCAAUUCAAUUAUAUAUUUUACAUAAUAAACAAUACAUUUAAAAUCGUUAUAA